CUGCGGAACUGGCAGUUGCAAAUCCAUCCUUCAGGCUUUUUCUUUUCUUUUCUUUUCUUCAAUUCUGCUUGGCCCGAACGUCCAGGUUUCCACCAACGACGUUAUCGAGCCAAUCAAAUUGCCCAAGUUAGUUGGCGGUUGGCCCUUGUCACUGAACCAUCCGUCAUUAUGGCGCUUCCGCCCAUCGCGAAGGCCACUCUACAAGCUGCGCUGAUUAAUGCCGGGUCGAACGUCCUGGCGCAGAGCAUUCAGUCAUAUAGAAACGAGAAACCGUUCGAACUGGAUCUGCAAACACUGUUUCAAUUCACAACAUGUGCCUUUGUGAUGUCCCCCAUGACCUUCCUGUGGUUGGAGGGUCUGGAAUCGGUCCUUCCAGGCCAUCCUAACGAGUCGGAGGCCGCCGUCACCAAGUCAAAGACCGAAAAGGCGGACCAGCCCAAACAAAAGAAGUUAAAUGUCAAGAACACGGUGGCAAAGAUCGUGAUCGACCAGGUCGUCGGUGGCGCCUGGGCUACCGUGCUUUUCAGUUUGACCAUGGGCCUGCUGCGCGGGCAGGAAUAUGAUGUUUUGGUGGCCCAGAUUCGCAAGGAUUUCUGGCCCCUCCUGAUCGCGGGAUUCAAGCUAUGGCCAUUGGUCUCCAUUCUGAAUUUUACUGUGGUUCCAGCAGAGAAGCGACUGCUGGUUGGGAGUGUCUUCGGGGUCGUCUGGGCUGUUUACUUGAGCUUGAUGUCGGGGUAGUUGGGCGACGGCGCUGGGGCGUUUUGCCGUGGGAUCCGACGCAUUGUGUGCCGGAUCCGAAUAUACUAGUAGGCGAAGUGGUAUCUACUUUUGGGAAAUAGCUGGGAUGACCAGAUAAUAAAUGUGUUGGUGGAACCCAUCUGCGACUAAAGAAUUGGGGCAGGAAAGAAACGGACGUAAUAGUGUGAAGGGGCCGAGCGGGGUUGAGGAUGAUCAUGAUAGUAGAUUAGUAGUGAGCGACACCUUGCUGCAUCAUCGGCAGCUCACCGAAAUGAACAGAAUCGACUAGGUUGAGCGACAUUGCCAC